AUGGCCGUCCGCAUAGCCGGAGAUCUGUGUCGGAGUGCCGGUCUUCAUCCGCGGGGGCCCGAGACCCGCAAGCACUCUCUUCAGGCGCUGGUCAUCGGCGAGCUGGUAGUAGCUAGACAGGUACCAUUGAGGCGCUACGUCCACCAGUUUCUCUCAGAGUAUUACAGGGCCCCCAUCGGGGUGGACUUCACGCUCCACGUGCUCGCUUGGGACAUCCAGAACGAUGUNNNNCUGCAGCUGUGGGACAUCGCGGGGCAGGAGCGGUUUGGCAACAUGACCCGAGUCUACUAUAAAGAAGCUGUUGGUGCUUUUGUAGUCUUUGAUAUAUCGAGAGGUUCCACAUUUGAGGCCGUCUUAAAAUGGAAAAGUGACCUGGACAGUAAAGUCCAUCUUCCAAGUGGUGGCCCUAUUCCUGCUGUUCUCUUAGCUAAUAAAUGUGACCAGAAAAAGGAAGGUAGCCAGAUUCCUGCCCAGAUGGACCAGUUCUGCAAAGAACAUGGCUUCACUGGAUGGUUUGAAACCUCCGCAAAGGACAACAUCAACAUAGAGGAAGCAGCCCGCUUCCUGGUGGAGAACAUUCUCAUGAACCAGCAAAGCUUUCCCAAUGAAGACAACGAUGGGGACAAAAUUAAACUGCACGAGAAGGCCUUGCCAGCAGAGAGCAAAUCCCAGUGUUGCUGAUGUGGCUUCAGCUCCUCUCCUGCUCACCAGAUGCAGCCUGACUUGAUUUCUCCAUUUGGAGCAAAUUCCUGAGAAGGGAUUGAGGUGGUGGAUGCCCUGCUCUGAGAUCUUCCCAGAGCUGUGCUUAACGUGACCGUGAGGGCACUCUGGGAGCCUUAGCUGAAGUGGGUGUCGGUGUCUAUCCUGAGCAUGGCUCUACACCUUAGAGUGAGCACUUGGGCUUCUCUUGUUGUUGCUGCUGUCAGGUGCAGGAUAAUGUUUACAUCCUUCUUAACAUCUUUGAAAAUGACAAUGCUCAAGAUUUGGUACGAGUUGCAAGUUGUGGCUUUUAGUGUAAGCACUGGGGUGGUAAUGAACUUUCCCAGCAGUCUUACAGUAAUUGUACGAGCCUAUAUUUUUGUAUUCUAUCUUCACUUUUGAGGGAGGCUUUUAGACUGUUAGCCACAGAAGGCUUGAAGUUUCUGUUUAGCAAGGUUUUCCCCCUCAAAACUUCUAACUGGAGCUACUUUUAUCAGAUCUAUAACAGUCAUGGUCAAGGAAAGGAGUUAUUCAAAGGUUAGACCCAAGGUCCCAUAGUAUGAAUUGUGAGAGAAACAAGGUUAUGUGGUUUUAUAUAAAGUUCUGGGCAUUUAAAAUAUAAUACAUGAGGAAGGUACGUCUGGCUCACAAUAUUUGUAUUACCAUUCAAUCCAAUUCAGAACAGAAUAAAUAUUUUGACUGAUGUC